AUGGAUGGAACUGGUGCUGCUGUGUUCAAGGGUUGUGGAAGUGGGAGUGAAGAAGGAAAUGGGGAUGGGUUGUUUCUAGUGAUUGAUGGACUUAGCCCAAUGGUUGUUCUCAUUUCUCUUGCUUUGCUUCCACUCUACAAAACAAAGCAACCCUUGCGUCUCUCCUCCAAUCUCCACAGCCUCGAAAAUCUAGAAAUGGGAGAAGCUGACAGAGGUUUAUCCUCAUCAUCGUUAUUAUCGCAUGACUACGACGAGCUUCUCUUCAAACCUUCGUCUUUUUUUCCAAUCUCUCAUAACUAUCUCCUCCUCCUCCUCCUCGCAUUUCUCGUCUUUCUCUACAAUUUUCUGGAGCUUCAUUUCCUCUCUGAUUUGCUCACUGCCUUCCGAGGCGAUCCUGUGUCUCUCACCUACAAUUCCCGCUCUCAACUCUACCAAUCCGUUGCUUCCAAGUGCCAUAUCAUCCACGGAAGGUUUUCGCCUACGCCAUGGCUGUCAAGUCCUCAUCUCCAAACAGCUUUCUUGAGUCUUGUUGGAAAAUCUCCUCAUGUUACCUACAAAAGACGCAUAUUCUAUGCUAGUGAUGGCGGAACGAUUGCUUUGGACUGGCUAAUGUCUUCUGAUGUUAAAGGUACUUCCUGCAUAAAUGAUGCAGCUCGACAAAAUGAUAAAGCUCCGAUUGUGAUAGUGAUUCCUGGCUUAACAAGUGACUCUAGUUCUUCUUAUAUAAAGCAUCUUGCAGACAAGAUAGCAAAGCAUGGCUGGAAUGUUGUUGUAAGCAAUCAUCGCGGACUUGGAGGCAUAUCAGUUACUUCUGAUUGCUUCUACAAUGCUGGGUGGACAGAGGACAUACGGAAGGUCAUUGAUCAUAUUCAGUGUCAAUAUCCUGAAGCGCCUUUAUAUGCUGUUGGAACUAGUAUUGGUGCAAAUAUUUUGGUGAAAUAUCUUGGAGAAGAUGGGAUUAACUGUCCUCUUGUCGGAGCUGCGGCUGUCUGCUCUCCUUGGGAUCUUUUGAUAUGUGACAGGUUUAUCAAUCGCAGGCUUGUGCAGAAAUUCUAUGACAAAGUGCUAACAGUUGGCCUACAAGGUUUUGCACAAUUGCAUGAGUCUAUCUUGUCUCGUCUUAUAGAUUGGGAUGGUGUAAAAAAGGAGCAUAAAGAUAAGCCCAAUCUCAAAUUAGAUCCAAACACUUUGCUACCACAACGUGCAAAAUCACGUUCUGUUCGAGACUUCGACAACUAUGCUACCCGUGUUCUUGGAAAAUUUGAGACUGUUGAUGCAUAUUACAGGCAUUCUAGUUGUGUGAAUUUUGUGGGAAAUGUAUCAGUGCCUCUUCUGUGCAUCAGUGCAAUGGACGAUCCAGUUUGUACUAGGGAGGCCAUCCCAUGGGAUGAAUGUAGGGCAAACGAAAAUAUUAUCCUCGCUGUCACACAGCACGGAGGACACCUUGCUUAUUAUGAGGGGAUAUCUGCGGAUAGCAUUUGGUGGGUGAGAGCGGUUGAUGAAUUCUUUGAUGUCUUGCAGUCUAGUCCAUUAAGAAACAGAAGAAAGAAGGUGGAAGGGCCUAGCUUGUCCACUCCAUUGGAGUCCCCAAUUGAUCAAGGACCUUAUGUGAAUGUUUUGGAAGACGGGAUGGUGACUGUUGUUGGUAACAGUCAAGAAGAUAUCAUAGCAGAAGACGAACGCAAUGAAGAUUUGGACCACAUUAAGAAGAGUGAAGAUGCCAUUCUGCAUGAUGAAAAAAGUGAUCAUUUAACAGAGAAAACUCCUCCUAAAAUUGACCUCAACCAGCCAUUGGAUCAGAAUCUCAAUGAUUUAGUUGUUCCUGUUAGAAGGCAGAUGGAUCAGCUUUCACGACUGAGUAGAAACUCGAUCUGGCUUCUCACUUACAUUGCUAUCGUAACAACAUGGCCCCUUGUGGGUUCUGCACUUCUUCCUUUCCUCAAGAAAAAAUUCAGAAGCAUCAUACCAUCGGCUUCGCGCAUAAGAUAG